UGUGAAGCCGGCACCGUACCAUCUGUGUCCUCUUCGGAGCUGGUCUGCAAGACCCACAACAACAAGACCAUGUGGUUGCCCUUCCCCUAUCCAGCCUGUUAUCGCUACUGCAGUUUACCGGUAGUAGCCCAGAGCAACAUCUCCGUUGUAGCCCGGCGCGGCGUGGAAGGGGAAGUGGAGAAUCAGCUUCAGAACAGUGACGUCCUGUCUGCAAGCACCAGCCCCUCAGCAGACGGUCUGACCAACGCGCAGACGGAGCACGGAACAGUCAUCCGCAUCGCCUGCAAGCCGGGCUUCAAUUUGGUGCUGGAGCAGCAGAAAAAGCUGGUAGCCUCGGAGACGGAGGGACGGGCGGUGUGCAACGACGGCAGCUGGAAUGUUAGCUACAAGUGCAUUCCGGCCCGCUGCAAAACGCGACCUCCCAAUGUGGCCAAUGCUAUUGUACGCUUCUACAGUAUGAGCCACGGUUCGGUGGUUCGAUAUCAGUGCCUACCGGGGUUCGCUCUUGAGGCCUCAAAGACGGACACCGGACCGGAGGGCCUGCUUUCUCAUACGGAGUCUGAGGAGGAGAAAGUGAAGAGAGACCUGGUCUGGGGCACGCAACAUGAGCUGUAUAGUGUGCGCUGUGAAUUUGGUGAGUGGAGAGGACGCCGACCGGAGUGCGUUCCAAGUGAGUUGCUCUUUUCGAUUACAUGA